AUGCUGCGACACGACAUACUUUUCUGGCUGUGCUUGGUAGCGAUAUGGCCUGCAUCUACUCAGGCCCAACACGCAAACUCAACCUGCGAACGCAGGGUCCAGCAUCUCGCCGACCCGCCGUACCAGAAUUACUUUUACUCCGACUGCCACGUCGAUGCCCAGGCCGUCGUGACGAGCCCGCUUCCCGAUAGCAACCUCACCAUCAUCAGCCCGCGCCUCAUCGUAGCCUGGCCAGCAGGCAACAGCGGCAUCUGCACCUUUUUUCGACCACAGAAUGGCGUCAACGGGAGCCUUGCCAUUGGCCUCGUCAACUCUACGUUGGGGGAUCCAUUGGGGCCUGUGUACUGGGAGGAACCCUCGCUCAAGAAUUCCAUUGUCGGUGUGGAGGGUGUCUUCUCCUUUAACGACUCGGCGGAGUUGUCGCUGUCUAUAUUGGGGAGCAUAAGGAAUAUUCGAGACUUCACCGAGGGGCCUAGCAUGCUCAGUCCCGUUAUUCAAAGAGGCAUCAAAGUCACCAAGUUCAACGAAAGUGGCGUCAGGAUCUCGCGCAUGUGGCUCGACAACGUCACAACAACCACCUUGACCUUGACACCAUGGAGCAAAGUCAAUGGCACCAUUCGCAUCGGGCACAACUCGUCCAUCAGCUUCGAUGCCGGCCUCUACCACUUCUCUGCUUCCUACAACUACCCUCAGCUGACGCAGCUAGCUCCCCUGCAAAUUCUCAACAAUAAGUCCCAGUUUCUGGCCAUGCGGGAUCCCGGCCAAGUCACGUCGUUGUCAUUCUUGUCGUACACAGAAAAGCUGCUCGCGGGCGGCUGGCGCUUCCUCACGUACUUUGGCCGCGACAGCAUGAUCACCGCCUUCCUUCUGCAGCCCGUCCUGAGCCCGGGAAAAUCGUCGGCCAUAGAGGCGGUUCUCGGCUCUGCCCUGGAACGUGUCAACAGGACAGACGGUUCUGUCUGCCACGAAGAGACCAUUGGCGACUACGCGACUUUCCUCAAUAUGCAAAAGAACAAGACAUCCACGGCUGCGGGAUUCGUGUACCCCAUGAUUGACACGGAUUUCCUCCUCCCCAUACUCAUGAACCGCUAUUUUCAAGCCUUGCCUGCGCGAAUACGACCCUUGUUGGGCACCAAGGCCGGGUCCGUAAACAUCGAGAAUAGAAAUUUGAGCUGGGGCGACCUGAGUUACACGACGGCACGUAAGAUUAUGAACUUGACGGCAGCGUUCGAGCACAAUCAGACGGUGGCCAAUCUCGUUCACCUCAAAGAUGGCGAGGUCGUCGGGCAGUGGCGGGACUCCACCUAUGGACUUGCAAACGCCCGCAUUCCGUUUGAUGUCAAUUGCGCCCUCGUGCCAGCGGCGCUGUAUGCCAUUUCCAAGCUGGCUGCGAUGCCGGGUGUCUAUCCCAACAACACGCAUACGAGAGACUGGGACUCUCGGGCAUCAAAGAGGGCUAAGGUAUGGGAAGACGAAACCCUGCGAUUCUUUCAGUUCAACGUCUCGGUCCAUGAAGCGUCGUCAUUGGUGGAAGAAUAUGUCAACAAGAGUACCUUCUAUGACGGCCCGGCACACACGGAAUCGUUCACUACGUACUCGUCAGACGGCGUGGUUGUGGACUACGCGCUGGCAAUCAACAGCUCCGAAACUCCAGGCAAGAUUGGCAUUAGCCACAGACACCGCCUUUCGCCACUUCCUCUUGAACUCGACAGAUGA